ACACACGCUCCCUUACUCGCCUCCCUUGAUAUCGCCCCAGCUGCCUAAAAGACCAGUCUGUGCCCCUGGAGGGACGGCACUGUCUGCAGAUUUCACAUCUCUGUUGAUGGCAAACACAUAAAGUCACCGGUGCGAUAUCGACAAUGAGGCUGCUGCUGGGCUGGAAGAUGCCUCGGAAAAAGGUGAUUUUUGUGGCUCUCCUGUUUUUUCCUUGUGUGUGCAUGUUUGGCUUCUUCAUCAUGAACUAUGAUUCCGACUUGUGCUAUUACUGCUUUCAGAAGACAGAAAAUUAUUUCUCCAUCAAAACUGACUAUAAAAGGAACCUGUUCAUAAAGGUGCCCGAAUCGAAAUGCAAACAAAACCCUCCGUUUCUGGUGCUGCUGGUGACCACGACGCACAACCAGAAGGAGGCUCGCAUGGCCAUCCGAAAAACGUGGGGGAAAGACCAACUCAUCCAAGGAAAGCGAGUGGCGACCUUCUUUCUUCUUGGGACCAACGCCGGUAAACCCGUCAGUUUAUCCGAAGAGAUUAACACCUACAAAGACAUAAUCCAAAAAGAUUUUGUAGACACGUAUUACAACUUGACCAUAAAAACUCUAACGGGCUUAGACUGGAUUGUGCAUCACUGCCCUCAGACCCGCUACAUCAUGAAAACUGAUACAGACAUGUUUGUCAAUACGCUCUACCUCAUUGAACUACUCAUGCGUAAGAAUCAGACUUCAAAUCUCUUCACGGGGAUCCUAAAGCCCAACGACCCCCCUAUACGUAAUAUCUUCAGCAAGUGGUACAUCAGUAAAAGAGAGUACGAUCGUGAUAAAUACCCCCCGUUUUGUUCCGGAACGGGCUACGUGCUCUCGGUAGAUGUUGCUCAAAGGAUCUACAAUAUCUCAUUCUCUAUACCAUUCUUUAAACUGGAGGAUGUGUACAUAGGAAUGUGUUUGGACAAGCUGAAGGUCCCGUUGCAGGAACUUCACUCUCUGCCUAUAUUUUUUGCUUACAAGCCAUCAUUCUCCGUUUGCACUUAUAGGAACCUUGUGACAUCUCAUGAAGUCCAGCCACAGGAAAUCAUCAUGUACUGGGAAGCCUUACAAAUUGCACAAGAGGAAAAUUGUUAA